AUGAGAUUCGCCGUUCGACGAGUCAGCACCAGCGAUGGCUUCCCUAUCUCCCAACCGCAAAACCAGCGACAACCACGGUUUCCGCCUCCUCCGUCACAACUCCAAAAACCCGCACUCCGUCGCCUUCACAAAUUCCGCACCAUCGUCCUCCCAAUCCUCCUGGCGAUGGUGUUCACAACUCUCAUCCUGGGGGCCAUCUACGCCUACUGCGUGGCCAAACCACACACCGACAUCGCAGAUCAACUGGCCAUAGACAGCAACGCGGAAGUGGACAGUUCCCUUUUCGGCCGACGACGGUCUCUCUUAACGUCUCGAGAGACCACUUCUACCACCAACUCCUCAAGUCUCAACGGCUCCUCUUUAUCGCAAGAAGAAGAAAGAGAAGACCGCGAGUCCGAAGUCGCCCUCAUGUUCUACACGCUCACUACACCGAUCGUGAGCCUCGUGCACCUCAGCUUCGAACUGAUCAUGCACCAUCACACGCCUCAACACUUAUCGUUGCGCAGCAUCUACGCUACCUUCCUGGUUUCGUCGUCGCUCCUCGCCGCCGGCUGGCUCACGACGCUCUCGUUCUGGAUGCACUGCGAGAUCCCGCCACUCAACAAGUCGGGCCAGAGCGUUUGUCCCGUCCAAGUGCGCGGGCAUUUCAUGUACGGCAUCCACGAGGUCAGCGUGGCGAAGGCGGUCGUGGGAUGGAUUGUCUUUCUGCUUUACGCUGGCCACUUAGUGUUAUUGACCAUGGGCUUUCGAGCCCAGCGCCGUGUCUGGAAAGUUAGCGGUGCUGACGCCAGGGACGUGGAGCUUCCCCAAAAUCCAGCCAGAGAAGUCAUCCGUGUGGGAAUCGAUGGAGCAUUGAGCAAGGAACUUGCUGGGAAAUAA